UUUGGAGUUAAUGGAGCCAGAAGUACCCCCAGAGUCAGAGAGUUCAGAAAAAUUAAUAUUUUCUUCACCACAAGAAGAAGAGGAAGAAGAUGAUAGUGAAGAAGAAAAAGAAUCCAAAGAAGCAGAGGAAACUGUCACCAUUAACCCCCUCUUACCACCUGCUCUCACAGGGGAUGUAGAAGGUUUGCAGAAGAUUUUUGAGGAUCCUGAGGACUCUCACCAUGAGCAGGCCAUGCAGCUACUCUUGGAGGAAGACAUCGUUGGGAGAAAUUUGUUGUAUGCAGCUUGCAUGGCUGGGCAAAGUGAUGUGAUUAGAGCUUUGGCCAAAUAUGGUGUGAAUCUGAAUGAGAAAACCACCAGAGGUUACACACUCUUACACUGUGCUGCAGCCUGGGGUCGACUGGAGACUUUGAAAGCACUGGUGGAACUGGAUGUUGAUAUAGAAGCUCUGAACUUCCGGGAGGAGAGAGCUCGGGAUGUUGCUGCUCGAUAUUCCCAGACUGAGUGUGUUGAGUUCCUGGACUGGGCAGAAGCAAGGCUGGCACUGAAAAAAUAUAUUGCAAAGGUCUCUGCAACUGUUACAGAUACAGAAAAGGGACCAGGGAAGCUUUAUAAGGAAGACAAGAAUAUCCUCCUCAGUGCAUGCCGUGUAAAAAAUGAGUGGUUGGAAACCCAUUUGGAAGCUUCCAUUAACGAGCUCUUUGAGCAGAAACAGCAAUUGGAAGAUAUUGUGACUCCUAUCUUCACGAAAAUGGCUACACCACGUCAAGUGAAAAGUGCCAAAUCUGUACAGUAAGCCAUGGUCAGAAAAGAAGUCAAGAUCAUACCUUCUAUUGAGUAUGUGUUUUAAUAACAGGCCACAUUGUCUUCUAUGUGGCAAACCUAUCUGUGUCUUCUGUCUAUAAAGGCAAACCUAUCUGUGCUCACUGAAGUUAAGAAAAUAGAUGUGGGGUUUUAUAAAAAUGUUUAAAUAUGAAAUUAAAUCAUGCUUGUUUUGUUUUAUCCCAUUCAGCAUGCUUAUGUCCAGGCUUUCUGGCCUUGCCUCUGCCCUUGCAAGUCAGUCUAAUGUGAGUUCCACAUGCUCCUUCCAGAGAACACUUGAGUAUAAGUCUCUCACAAAUACCAGAUGGGAGUUAUAAAAGCUGCUUAGAGAAUCUGACAGUUUUCUGUGUAAUUGAGGCAGGGAAUUUCUCUUCAAUUGAGGGAUUUUUUUUUUUUUUUUAAGACACAUUGACCAUUUCCAGAGGAAAAAUUUGUUCUCCCUUCCUCAAAAGGAAAGCUAUGGGAUGACAUUCUGGAGCAAGGAAAUAUUAAGGAUGGUUCAGAAGAGAGUCCUCUGCUCACCAGCCCAGGCUGGAUGCAUGAGACAAGUGCUCGGGGCUGGUACACUGGGAAGACCCAGAGGGAU